AAACAAUACCACUGACUUAUUUUCUAUUUGCACUCAAAAGUACAGAUGAUAAGUUACUUCAGAAAAAUGCGAUAGCCUUGGAGAUUACUUUAACUUAAAUGAAUUCAAUCAAAGCAAAAACGGUAGUCUCUAUGCCUAAUUAAGCGGUCAAUACUAUAAAACAUACUCUGAGGAAAAAUACCACUGCCCUUUUUACAUAGCGCGCGACGUUCGGAAGUGUCGGAGUACGUGUGGCUAAGGUUAUAUUCACCAUCAUUUUCGACACAUUAAAAAUGUGCUCAUCUGACGUAUUUUUCGGUGACAAUUUCAGUCAAAAUCAGUGGAACAGCAAAUGCGAAGACACUUGUCAUAUUGAUAUUGGUUAUUCUGGCCAUUCAGAGGAGCAAUUUGAAUCUGAGUUGGAGGCUAUGAAUAAUGGUGACUUGUCUUCAGUCAAAAAUUUAGAAUUACAAUUAGCUGCCUGCAAUCGAAUUGUUUCUCUGUUAUAUAAUCGUCUUUCAACAGAUCACUUUCAACUAGUACAGUUAUUAAAUAAUUUGAACGAGUGUGGUGAUUCAGUUUCUGUUACUUUGUCAACUUUAUCCCAACUUAAUCCACAUCCUAGUGUUUUAGACAUAUGUUCUAAUGUAACAUCAACACAUAGUCAAUUAAAACAUAUUCAGUCUCUCUUGCUAUCCCGUGAACAAGAUGCCUCAGAUAAUUUGAAAAUCAUUUAUACAUUCCAACGAAAAUUAGAAGAACGCAUUAAACAAUGCAAAAUCCAAGCUCAAAAUUCACUUAAAACUGCUAAACACAAUUCUGUUCAAACUGAUUCUAUAUCAAAGAAUGAACAACUUAAUCAGCAAACGUUUUCCGAUCCAAAGCCUAAUGGAUUUAAAAAUCCAGGAGAAAUCAAAUACGAAACUUUAUUAAAAUAUGGACUGGUUAAUCCAAGGAAUGUUCUCAAUCGUACACUAAAACAUCCUGGUUUUUCUGAAUCCGUUGAGCCAAGGAAGUGUGAAUUACAAGAAGCUUUAUUGAAUGCAGUUGGUCAACUGGAUCGUUUAAGAAAAUACCGUAUAAAUCAAAAAACACGUAUUGAUCAAUUACAAGAACGAUUAGAUCAUAUGGGUACUGAACUGGAUUCUAGUGUAGAUACUAUUCGUCAUCAUCAAAUAAAUUAUGAAGCACAAAAACGUAGAACCUCUAUGGAGAUUACUCAUUUACGUAAUCAAUUAGCUAAAGCAACUGCUUUAUUAGAACAGUUUAAAUUAUUCUUCAGUAAAACAAAUCUGAACACUAGUUCUUUGAACCAAAAUAUGCGAGUUCUCAUUGGGAAUUUACUAAAGCAUUUACACACAAAUAAUGAACUGCAAGAUAUAGAUACUUUAAGUAUCGAUGAUUUAAAACUGAAAUUAUCUAUUGCUCAAAAUGAGCUUACUCAAUUACGAUUAGAUAUGGCACGUCAAAGAGAAGAUGAUGAUCGUGAGGCAUCAAGACUUCGGGGUCAGUUAGCUGAAGCAAGUUCAGAUGCAAGAGCUUUACGGAUGCAGUUAAAUCGCCUUAUAUCACAAAGCAUUUCUUCAAGCAAACUUAAUGGUUUGGCGAAUACAAACUCAUCUGACUCCUCAAGCUGUACAAACUGUCAAAAACUUCAACGUCUCAACGAUGUUUUACAACGGAAACAAUCUAAUAUGAACCCGUUUCCUGAUUUAAUCAAUCAUCAAGGGAAUAUAAUAAAUCAUCAGAAUUUUGUUUGUGAGGACAGCACUGUUACGAAGAAAGCGAUACACAAACCACACUUUAUAGACAGUUUCGUUCAAACAGAUUUGUUGAAUGAUAUUCCCGCAACUGAUUUUGUCCAAAAGGUUGAUAUAGCUAUUGACCCUAUUGAUGGAUACGAUAACAUCUCACCACAUCUCCCGGUUAAAAAUUGUAAAUAUGUUCAAACGGAAUCAUUCAUCAUAGGCAAUGACAUAACUUCAUGCGAAACUUCAUCCGGUGUAAUUUUGAUGGAUGGAAGUUUAAAAUAUGGUAGUGUGAACGAACCAAGCAUCCUAAGUGAGGUUCAGUUAAAUAAUCUUCAUGUAUCCAAUAAAUCGGCACCAGUAUCAUUAAUGAGAAAUGACAAUGAAGCAGUAAUAAAUAGUUAUCAAAAUUCGAUGCUUCAUUCAAUUAGUGAAUUAAAGCAUGAUAACUUGGUUAACCCGAACCAAAGUGUUGAUGAAGAUUCGUUACAUUCUCAGUUGUUACAGCGAAUAAAAGUAGCUGAGGAGGAAGCGAUUAUGGCUAUGGAUCAGUUGAAGGCAAGUAAUGCAGAGUUUCUUACUUUGAAAGAACGCUUAUCCCAUGCAACUGUAGAACGUGCACAUUUAAAAGCAACCAUUGAAGGAUUGGAUGAACAGGUCGCGUUACUUGAAGACUCUUUGUAUGAGCGUACACAGGAACUUCGUAGAAGUCAAAUACUUCUUGGAAAAUAUUGUCCAACGUACCAAAAGCCUGUGACAUCAUAUUCUGUUGAACCUGAAAUACCGACAUCGGAAAUAUCUAUUAAAAUACAUGAACCAAACAAUAAUUAUACAGACGAAUCAGCAGUUGUUGAUUUGAGAGGUCUUCCUCAGUCUUUUAAACCUACAGAAUCAUUUCUACGUUCUCUACCCAUCAGAUUUAAAUCCUUACAUCAAUUAAUUAACCUAAAGGAUUGGCUAUCUGUUUUAUUGAAGCAGUUGGUUGUACGUAGUCAACAACUAACACCCAGAAUGUUUAGUGGUAUAAGAUUUACCUCAUUUCGUCUGCAAAGUCAACCUAGACCUAAAGCAAUGUUUAUAUUCUUGACUUAUUUCUUUGUUGUACAUCUAAUGCUAUUACAUUGCUGGUUAUUGUAAAUAUCUUGGUAUUUUCUUCCUCUCUCUAUCACUAUUCUCUAUUUCUCUGUACAAUAUUUCGCUUGAUGUAUUAUUUUCAGUUAUCAUCUCUCUGAUUAUUUAAUAUGAAUUCUUUUUUGUCAGUAGCCAUUGUGAUAUGUCUCCACUUACUCCUUACAAACUUAGAGACUCUGUUCAUUCUACCAAUUGACCACUUUUUAAACUCUCGCUGUGAAGUCCUUAAAUUCCUAUUCUUCAUGAUUUGAUGUUACUAUUUUAUUUUUCUGCAAACCUGUGUUAAUUUUCUUUUUUUAUGUCAAAUGAAUUUAUCAAUAAAGUAACAUACAUACUUAUAAACUUACUUGUAGUUUGUCUUUUCACUUCCUUUCCUGAUGAAUUUGUGUAUGCAUAUUAUUCAUAAGACAUGUGUCUAUUCGACUUGUUAUAUGUGCAUUUAGCAUAAGAUUAAUGUUUUUGUAAUGGGUUUACGCACCGAGUCAUUAGCGAUGAAUAAAGUUAUUAAAAUGGCAUGUUCGCUCCAGUUGAUGUUGCCGUAGUCCUUAUAAUGUUUUAUGUUUUAUACCAAGCGAUCUGAAAAUAGCAGUAAUUACGUAUUUCUAAUUGUUUGCAGAAUGAAAGAUUAGAGAAGUUAAGUAAUUCUUGUGUGAAUACAGUUUCGUCAUAUCUUCGUAAAUUGCCAUAAUACGUAACAUGUAUUGUAUUAUACCGUAUAAUGGAGUUUUAAUUUCUAUUAUUUGUAUAAGCUAAUCCAUAAUUUAAAAAAACUGAACUCCUAAUUAGGUAUUAUCAUUGUAGUUUAGUGGCUUGGGGUGAGAUCUCUGAGAAGCGAUCAAUCCCAUGUUUGUUUAGUCCUAUAAUUGGUAAUCAAGUUGCAUUGUAUCCACUGGUUUAGGUGAGUCGACAACGCAUGCACUGUGUUGAAAUGUUAAGUAGUGGUUGGAGGUAUUUAACCAUCGAACAUCUUUGUACUUCGAAUGAUACUGCUACAGAGUCUUAACAAUCCUAUUUGAUAGUUUACCCUGUUUAUAAACAAAUAUGCUUGAAUAAUGUAGGUAUUUUCAUCUAAAUCUCUAAGAAUACAUGUAAUAAGUUGUAUUUUUGCUGUUUACUAAUCCUUCGUAAUCAAUAACCAUGCAUUAUAUUCUGGAAUCUCAGUGAAACAGGAGAUUGUAGGAGCAAUUAUAUUUGCUGUAUGUUUAUGCUAUUGAGUCGCAUCCGUUCAGUAUGAUCUUAUCAGUCUUUCGUACUUCACUGCUGAGUUUUUCAUUUUAAUUACAGUUUUAUAAGGCCCAUCACUAUGACGUAGGCUCGUAACAUUAUCUAGUCUAUCGGGAUGUUCAGAACUAACCAUGUAGAUCAGACAUUUUCCUUGCACUUAUACAGAACUGUUAUUCUCUACGAAUGAGAAGUUCUAGUGUAUUUCCCUUCAAACUGACAACGUUAAGUAAUGUCUUAAAUGUAUAAUUCUCAUGUAUAGAUUUAUGUUUCUUCACGUCUUUACUUAGUAAAAUUCAGGUUGAGCGUCUACUUCACCAACUCUGUGUGUAGUGAUAUGAUGAAAAAUAUAUUACAGUGUAUUUAGGUUUCUUUUAGAAAUGCGAACAAGUGCAAAUUAUCAGAAGCCAUAAAAAAGUUAAUCUAAUCCGUUGAAAUCAUGUUACGAGAUUCUUUCUAUAUAGUAACAAAUUACAUUCUAAAACUCAAUGUAACAGCUUGAAUAAUAAUAUUUAAGUAUAUCUGAUAUGUUUUUGAGUAGAAAAGCGAGCGAUUUGUGGCUGAUCACUUCUAAUUAGACCUAAAAUUACUUAGGAAUUGGGUCAUCCAACUGUACUGAUUUUGCUUAGUGAAAGAAAUCACUUCUCAAUCUUGAUGACUAUAACUACCGUAGUAGCAUUCACUAAAUCUGUUGUAAAUUUCUUGCAUAUUUCCCAAUAGAAUUUAUUGUGGAGCGAAAAAUUGUAAAUUGCAUAUUCGGACUGUUUCUGUGUGAUUCUCUGAGACUUAAAAUAUCUAUCAUUGAUAAGUUUUAAUCUGUAGACGCUCGGAUUAAAUGGUUCAUGUUGUUAAUUCCCAAUCAUUCCCAUCCAGUACUUUCUCAACUUCGUAACUAUUAUGAGAAUUAGAAACAUUUAUUCGAAUUAUAUGGUCUACUUUCCAUCUUGAUUUUUUCAAUUAUUCCUCAGAUAGUCUUGAAGUAUUUCUUUCUUCCCUUAAGCCUACUUUGUUUUCAAUCGAAUCUCUGACCGUCGUUUGUUUUUAUUGUGAAAAGUUAGUUUGAAAUUUGUUGAAUUCAGUUUUAUGUUUCAUUUCUUCCUUAUACUAAUAUCUAUGCUGUUUCCGGUCAACUGAUUCCAACUCGUUUCCAAAAUACAGUGCAUCAAUCACAAUUGAUUGAUCACUGAGUAGUGGUGAUCGAUGUCAUGUGUGUCAAGUUAUCAGUGCAUCAAUCUUUAACUUCUAGGUUGAUGCAAGUAAUUGUAGGAUUCUUUAUGUGAUCUUUUGAUGUUCAUCAAAUUAAGUGGGAAUCCAUUUACCUAGCUUGUAGCGUACCGAAAAAUAUUCUUUUAAAUCAAAUUAAAUCCGAUGCUAUGGAGUGUUUUCAUCUAACUAGUCCCUAAUGCUGUUGUUGAUGUUCUUCUUGGUGGAUCUUUUUGUAUUUUCUCUACAGAACUAAGAAACUAUGGCACGUCAUUACUUGUUUCCUGCAGUGAAAUUACUCAAGCAGAAAUGUUUUCCAUCCCUCAGUGGAAUGAAGAGUUGUCAGAAUUUUUCCAGUAUGCAAAUCGACGAAACAGAAGGCGCUAACUUCAAACGUUUCGCCCAGCAUUGGUGGGACUAUGAUGGAGAUUUACAGCCAUUGCAUACUAUGAAUCGUUUGCGUGUACCAUUUAUUCAAAAUGGUCUUUGUCCAUUAACUACAUUAUCUACAAUUGAUUCAGUUUGUUUACCUUUGAAAGGUACGAAGAUUUUAGAUGUUGGUUGUGGUGGAGGUAUUUUAGCGGAAGCACUAUCUAUGUUGGGAGCAGAAGUUUUGGGCAUAGACUUAGUAGAAGAGGGUAUAAAAGUAGCACAAGAACAUGUUGAAGCUACAUCUUAUCGCUGGGUUGAUCAUCCAGAUUUACAUAAACCUACAUAUAAACUUACUAGUGUGCAAUCAAUUAGUCAAGAAUAUCCAUGUCAAUUCGACGCAGUUGUUGCGUCUGAAGUAUUAGAACACGUUACUGAUUGGGAGGAUAUGUUGAACAGUUUAAAACAGUGCUUGAAAGUAAGAAAUAUAUCAUAGAUAUUAUUCUUGAAUAUGUAUAUAAUAGUUUUUAGUUCUUUAAUUCCCAUUGUUCAUCAAGAUCAUAUUUACUCUCAAAUCCUUCGAUAAUAAACGAAACAGCAUUCAUGGAGAAAUCUCUUCACAAACAAUAUUAACAGUGUGUCGUAAUGUUGAAAAAAGGACGUUUUGCAUUUACACACAUGAUAAUAGAUGAUACCAAUACCAAGGUGGGACUUGAUAUUUCCAAAUAAAUUGAGCAUUGGCUAAAAAGUAAAUAACAAAUAUACUUUUCUAAUAUCCCAAUGAAUAAAAAAUGGUAUUUCUGACGUUUCGUGACUUAACGUAAGUCACGAUCGGUUAUUUGUAUGCUCGGGAGAAGUGACUUACAUUAAGUAAUAAAACGUCAGAAAUACAAUUUUCUGCUGAUUGAGAUAUAUUUAUUACUAAUAGAUAAUACGUUUUGAUACACUAACACUGUACUCGGUAACUUCGAUCGUAACUAGCUUCCCCGUAGUGGUCAGGCUUACGUAUCAUAAUGGCUCGGUCGAGCUAUAUUAGGUGAAACAGUUGUUCCUACCAUCCCAGGGAGGCCGGUUGGGGAACGUCAAAACUAGAAGCAGAAAACUCAUGGUUCGAGGACAAAGUCGUGCUGCUCAUUGUACUGAAUUAUGGCGUCAGUAGGAUGUUUCCCACAGAAGUCAGCAUCUGCAGCGAAUCUACCUUCUCACAACGAAAGCAAGAGAUUAGAAAUAGUCGAUCUCGAAGAUUUCAUACCUUACCUGCAUACAAAUUCUGAUUACGAUUACUAAAAGCCAACAAACAUUGUGUCAAGAAAUAUUGUUUGCUGUCAACUUUGCUUUCGAAAAACAGCAAAUUCAUUCACCAUUCGAUAUAAAAUGAACUAUGCUUUCAAGUCUAUAAGUGAUAGCUUCGUUGUUUGAUAAUGACGACAGUUGUCGAGAUAGUGUAUUUUUAGUACGUUUAUCAAAGACCAGUAAUGUGUUGUUUAUGAGAUAUCUCAAACCAAGUAUAGCAACACUCCUACGAUUAAUUUCUAUCAUAGUUAAUUGUUGUCAAGCCCUUUUAUUAACUUAUUUAACAGACAAUGCUAUUCAGACAGUAACAAUUCGUCUAUUUCUUUGUAUUAUUAUGAUCACUAUCAUGUCUGUAUAAGCAUGUAUGUUUGAUCACAUGUAACAAUCUACGCACAUAUCUCUCUAGCUUAAAUGUUAAUCACUUGAAUAUCGCUCGAUGAAUCAUUCUCUUUCCUAUGUAUAUAGAUGCUUGAAUUGCCUUGCAUAGCUACGCCUUGAUUCUAUUUGACUGUGAAUUCGCCUCUGUAUUCGCUAGCACACACAAGAGCCUAUCCACUCCAAUUCGCUCGAUGUGCUUGUAAAUUUUUUAUCUGUGCUAUCCGCUAAUAAACUGUAGUCGCCGCUUCUUAUUGCCUUCUGAAUUCAAACACCGUCGAGUUUUCUAUAAUAACGGUUAUCAAGCUGAUUGAUUAACGAAGUUAAGCCACUACAAAUGUUUGGGAAACUUUGUAGACUACGAUUUAUCAUAAUCAUUUUCAUUGGAAUACCUCAAAUAUAAUAAAGAUUUGCUCGCAUUACUCAGCUUUAUGAUUGAAGAUCUACAAAGGCAAAUGGCCGAUUAACUUCAUCUGAAUCAGUGUAAUACUUUUGCCAAUGAAAGAUCGCCAUCAAUGUAACUGAACUUAAGAAUACGUGACUCUAUCCUCAUACUCUUUUCUUUUUUAUUGUCUAAAAAUCAUUCCAAAAUAGAAAUUUAUAUGAAGAAUGAAAAUACCAAAUUGGUAAACCGAGGUUUGUACUCAUCAAUGUGUAUAAGUGAUUUUUUCCAGAUUUCAAUCAAUGUUGACGGAGUUACACGACCUUUGAGUGCUGUUAGAGGUAUGAUGGCGGUUAUUACUUCCCGGUUUCCCGCACCGUGAAAGGAGUUUUCAGAGGUACCUGAAAAGGAGAUUGGGGUCCGAGUUGGUCUUAGUAACCUACGAACGUGACCGCAGUGCUCAAGGGAUAACGUCUUGAGGUCGGUCACACACGACCUUUGUUUAGAAGGAAUGUUAUUCGUAACUACAAUAAAUCGUACUACCGCUUCAUUACUACUAGGAAUUGGUGUAGCUGAAUAUGUAGCUCGUAUUGUUCCACGUGGUACUCAUGAUUGGAAUAAAUUCAUUGAACCUAGUCGGUUACAGAUUGCUUGUAUCAAGCGUGGUUUGCAACCGCGUCAACUCAGUGGAAUGUUAUAUAACCCAUUAAGUCGUCGAUGGCGUUGGAGUAGUAAUUUAUCACUAAAUUAUGCAUUCAGUGCUAUGAAAAUCGAUGAAUAAAUAAGAUGAAGAACACCAAUUAUAAAUGCAUUUGUUCUUCGUCAACUGUUUCUUUCUCAAUCUAUUAAUUUAGUAAAAGCAAAGUGUGAUCAAUUAUCACGAAUUUAUUGACACAUUCUUCCCAUUGUUUGCUUUCAAUAACAUUAUAUAAUAAGCUGAUAAUUAUUGUAAAGUCUUGUCAACUCAUUAGAUAAUUAUCAAAAACUUAAGCAUUAAAUUUUUUCAACUAAAUGAUUUACGGUAUUAGCUUUUAUGUAUUAUUUAUUUAUUUAUUUUAACACAAAGAUAUUGGUACGAGGAGGCACCAAAUACAUAUGCGCCACACAAAUCUCAUUUGAUAUUUGUGAGGGUUAUGAUACUGCCCGGGUGCCCAAACCGAAGCAGGUGGUUUUCUUAGGGGGCCACACCCGGAGCCUUCGGCCUGAAGGUCUGAUUCACAAGGCAGUGGAACAACGUAAGGAGAUGCAUUCCCAUGGUAGCCGGUGUCCAACGAUUGGUUCAUACGCCAUUUGUUCCUUCAGGUUAUUGGAGCCCAUGUGCACCAUUGGUUUGGAAUCAGGGUUUUCCAACUCCUCUAGGUGGACUCUCCAUAUCCACCAACCCGGUUAAAGCGCCGGACAUUCGCUUUUCGUUUUAUCAAUUUCGUAAACAACACCCUCGCCACGAGAAGGCAGUGAGUAGGACGUCCCUGUCAGAGGCUAUAUACGCGUGGCCAUGUGAGAGCAUUUCGAGAGGGAGAGCGGACUCACUCCACUCUCGGUCGUACCAGGGCAUUUGGGGGCCUUAACUUUAUAGCAGUCAUGAGAGCUAAUGCUGUAGAACAUUAGUGUUUUAUUUACCGUAACUAAUUUGCAUAUUGUAUGCUGUUUUUUAUUAACCUUUUACUUUGAGUCGAACUUUCGUCUAUGGUCACUAAAUACAUUAUUAUUUGUCUUUUGUCUUAUUUUAUUCGUAUACACAUACAUUAGUACAAGGAUGCACCAAAUACAUAUGCGUCACACAAUAACAAUAAGGUUGUCAAGUGAUAGAGAAUGUAAAGUGCGUACAAGAAAAAGUAGAACAACGAACAGAAAUUAGUGUAUGGGAGUGAAAUAUUAAUGGGAGAAACAGUUCAUUUAGCAAGAAUAUAACCAUAAAGAAUUCUUUCAGUUAAAGAAGUUACGGUCACUUUUUAUGAAGUAAGUUACAGCUCGAUCGCCACUGGCUCCUAUUCUGAGUCAUAUCUGAUAUAGGUACAAGGGGGCACCAGAUUCAUAUGCGCCACACAAUAAUAAUGAGAAUGGGAAGAGAUAAAGAAUGUAAGGUGCGUAUAAGAGAGAAGAAAAAAGAACAAUAACGACCACAGAUUAGUGUAUGGUACUGAAAUAAUAAUAAUGGGGGAAACAGAAAGAAUUCUUUCAGUUAAAGAAGUCACGGUCACUUUUUAUGAAGAAAUAAAAGGUUAUAGCAGGAUCGCCAUUGACUUCUAUUCUGAGCCAUAUCUGAUAACGUCUCUAGUCACUGUGUUGCACCAUCUCUAGGAUCCCAAUCAAGGAGUAGUGAAGGACCAACACAAGCCAGGCCUGUACAGCUUUCUUUCAUCCCACGACACCAUGUCAUACAUUGACCACGUCUACGAUUUUUCCAACCAUUCCCAGAGUCGGCAGAUAAUUCGCGACGUGGAAUUCUCUGGGACGACAUUCGUAGAACAUGUCCAAACCACCGAAGUCGAUGUGCCCGAACACACGGUACCGAAUCUCUGCAUUACUAACAUGGUGUUGCCACUGAAUGUCAGCAAUCGUUCGGAGACAACGAUGAUCGAACACAGAGAGUCGUCUAACAUCCUCAACUCGGACAGGCCAGGUUUCACAAGCAUAGAGCAAAACUGCUCUCAUCGACACGUUGUAGGUCCGACCUUCCACUCUCAGAUUAACAUCACAAAGGCAUCAAAGAUGGACCAGAUUGACAUAAGCCACUCUGGCUUUCCCUAUACGUAAAUCGAUCUCAUCACUCACGCCACCACCAGCACUUAUGCAGCUACCUAGAUACACGAACUCGACUACUAUCUGCUAACUACCCAUGGUGAGUGCAGGAUCAGGGUCCUGCCAGUCUUGUAAAAGUACUUUGCACUUUGAACGUGCAAAGCAUAUACCAUACGUACGGACGAUAAUUCCCAACUGAUUAAGUGCGGAUUGCAUGCCUUGGGCAUUAUCGCACAGUAAGACAAUAUCAUCUGCAUACUCAAGGUCGAGAAAUCUUUCUUCAGGCAACAGAUUCACACCACCAUCACUUACAUCCAUCAGAGCUGUUUCCAGAAUGUC